CCACACCCUCUACAAAUCUUCGUCUCUUUGCAUCGCCUGUUCGAUUCAUCGACACCAUCAGCUGCUCCUCCAACGCUUCAGAAGUUGGUGUAUGAACGGAGGGGUCGGUCGAUCUCUCUCGGGGAAUGCGCUGAGAUGGCUGCUGCUCAAGAUCCGUUCUAUAUUGUCAAAGGGGAGAUUCAGGAGUCUAUUGACAAACUGCAAGUUACUUUUCAUCAAUGGGAACAAACCCCUUCAAACACCGGAGAGCGUGUACAUCUGACAAAAGAGCUCCUGACCAGCUGUGAAAGCAUAGAAUGGCAGGUAGAUGAAUUGGACAAGGCAAUUGCAGUGGCUGCAAGAGAUCCUGCUUGGUAUGGUCUUGAUGAGGUUGAACUUGAAAAGCGUAGGAGAUGGACUAGCACUGCUCAUAAUCAGGUCGGGAGGACUAGGAGAACUGUAGAAACUGGAAAGGUGAAGCAGAAUUUAUUCAGCUCAGGUGCAAAUGGUGUGCGCAAAGAGCUGAUGAGGCUUCCAAAUGAUCAUGCUUCCCAGGCAGGCAGAUCGAACCACUACGUUAACCAAGAUAAUGAUGAUUUUAUAUCUUCAGAAUCAGAUCAGCAGCUGCUCCUCGUAAAGAAACAAGAUGAGGAGCUGGAUGAGCUUAGUGCUAGUGUUCGGAGAAUUGGACAUGUAGGACUUACCAUACAUGAUGAACUUAUUGGGCAGGAAAAAAUCUUGGACGAACUAGGCAUGGAGAUGGAGACUACUUCAAACAGGCUCGACUUUGUCCAGAAGAAAGUUGCUUUGGUGAUGAGGAAGGCUGGUGCCAAGGGCCAAAUCAUGAUGAUAGCAUUCUUGAGGCCUCCUUACUGAUCCAUCUGCAUGAGGUUUAUGAGAAUACUCCUUCCUGACUGCAGCUUUCCUGGCACUGGAAAUCCUGAAAUCUACCAACUUCCGACUAAUUUCCUCCAUCCAGUCAUGCCCAGUGGUUCGAGAUAAUUCUGAAUCAACAAAACAAAUCAAAUAGUCAGAUGAAAUGAACAAUGUUUCUCUUAAAGCUUGUAACCUGUCACUCACCUCGGGGCUCUCUUCCACAUUUUGAAUUGGAAUGAUCGGCUGACACUCCCAGUGUCUGCUGAGUUUUUACCCUGCUAUUCUGCUGAAACAAACCAUUCAUACGGAUGGUUUCGACAUGACAUCGCUGAGGAUCAUCUAAAGUCUCUCCCUCCACUAAGGUCUCUUUGCGGCCAGAGUUGAAUUGCUCUUGCUCUCCUGCAUUGUUGAUGUUAAUAUCUUCCUGCUUAUUUGGUGAAGCCAAUGUAUAACCAGUUGUGCCCGGAACACUUCUCCACUCCAUUUUCUUCGAUGCAGUGCGUGUAUCCACUAUGUUGCCGGCAGUUUCAACUGUAAGUUGAGAUCUAUCAUUCGCCCGCAAAGUGUCAGUGGUUUCCAUCUGACAUAUCGUAUUGCCAUUCUCUGAGACCGAUGCUUCUGGAUUGCUAACCAAUUUACUUGUAAGAUCUUCAACCCAAGCUUCUGCUGCUUCUGGAUUGUCAUUCUGACAGCCCACCGUAUCAGAAAUUUCCAUAUCUUCAUCGUUUGGUUGACUAGCAGGAUGUUUUUCUGAUACAGUCUGAAGACACUCAACUGAACUCCCAUCUGCAUUCCGACAUAGAACACUAAGCUUCAAUGAAAACUAUAAAGAUACCAGAAGGGGCAGAGGCACUAACCUUCAUCUUCAACAGCUGCACCGGUCUCUUUGUAUAACCUUUCCUCAAAAGAUUGCAUAGAUGCUGAAAACACUAUUAAAAUGUUACCAAAUACUACGAGACAGAAAUGAAGCAUUUUGAAAUA